GGCGAGGGUCCGCCUUGCCAAUUGCCGUUCUGCACGCAAUUCCCCACACACGAUGUCGUAUUUUCAGGAUCAUAAUCUUCCGGAGCCUGGAAGGAGCCGUAGGCCUAGAGGCAAUGCUCUCAACCCCAAUAUUGACGAUUUUAUUACGGAUGAGCCUCGUACGUCGACAUUUGCAGAUGAAAUGCGUGAGGCGGAAAAUAUGCUUGCAGUAGCGAGUCUGUUCGGUUCUAUCCGUGACCGCCCUUACCUAGCCGACAACGAAGCACAGCAAACCCUACUAGAUAAUCUCAUAUCUCAGCUAUUGGAAGAGGCCAACGCGAGUGGAAAAGGCAAACCCCCAGCAUCGAAGGAAUUUAUUCACAAUCUUCCCACUGUGGAGAUUAAUGAUGAGAAAACUGAUGCAACAUGCUCCGUUUGCGUUGAAUCGUUUUUUUCGCAUCACACGUCGACGGGGACCGCACCGACCUCAAGAGCGAUCGCAAAGCAGCUUCCAUGCCAUCAUCGAUUUCAUGCAGAGUGUAUCGUGCCGUGGCUGGAACUGCACAAUACAUGUCCGAUAUGUCGGAGAGAAUAUCCGACCGAUGACGAAGAGUACGAAAGGAAAAAGAAAGAGGCAGAACGGGCUGCUUCUGCUACUACGGCACCACUUGAAGACGACGAGGAAGAGGAUUGGGAUCCGAUGUACGGAUAAUUCCACAAAAAGUCUCUACUGACGCACUCCCAAACGUUUGUUCUUUUCGGCGGUGAUGAGAAAGCAAUUUGCACAUUCAUACCAUUGAUUUCUGUUGUUAAUUUAUACAAGUUUAAUAUCGAAGCUGGGUGGGGAGGGGAUAGAACAUCUUCAAAGCAACAAUUUACACGCAGGGAUAGAAAGCAUUAAAUAUAGGGGGAAGAUUCUACUAUAGCCUCCCCUCAUUGUUUCGCACAUGGCGAUCUAUAAGGUAGUUCAGUUUAAGAAAACGUUUUUUAUCUGCACUUGUCGGUGUAUAUCCUUCAGUGUAUGAAGU